GACAGCUGUUUAGUGGGACCGGUUCUCUCGCGCGGUUCAUUUCCGAGAGCGGCUCGUAGGCCCGGCAUUUUUAUCGGUCGAUCGGCCCGGUGUACACGGUCCCUCGAUCUCCCCGGUCGGAUCUACCGCAGUCGGUGUGCCACGGUCGCUCGAUCACGAUCCGAAGGGCCGGAGUCUACUUUAAGGGCGACGCCGGAGCCCUCGGAAUCGAUCCUACGUCGGCAAAAUGGCGCCCGGAGGGUACGCGAUCCCGGUUACGGUGACGUUAAUGAUGGUCUACACGGGCCUGGCGGACAACACCUGGCCGUCCUGCGUCGGCAAGACUAUUCUCAGAUCCGGCGGCUUAUCUUGCGAGGAGAAGCAGGCCAUUCUGGACGAGCAUAACCGGCUGAGACAGCUGGUGGCUCUGGGACAGAUCCACGGCCAGCCGGGGGCUGCGAACAUGAGAGAAAUGGUGUGGGACGACGAAUUAGCAGCCGUCGCUCAGAGGUGGGCGGAUCGAUGCGCGGAAAUGCACGACAAUUUGCGAAACGUUCAAAGAUUCGCGGUGGGCCAGAACAUAGCCAGAACGUGGACGACGAGGUCCCCAGGGCCGUACGACGACCAGCCGAACUGGAGGCAGCGGAUCUACGACUGGUUCAAAGAGGUGCAACACUAUCGCGCCGGUUACAGCGACGAGACCGGUCACUAUACCCAGCUCGUCUGGGGCGACACGUUCCUCCUGGGCUGCGGGUACUCGUUCUACUACGAUCCCGCGCGCGGCUAUACGAAGAAUUAUGUUUGCAACUACGGUCCCAGCGGCAACGUGCUCGGCUUUCAACCGUACCAAUCGGGACAGCCGGCUUGCGGCACCUACGGGAUGUCUUAUUCGAAUCGAUACGCAGGACUCUGCGCUCGCGGCAGCUACUAUCAUCUGGGCGCCUACUGUGCUUAUGGUUAACGGCCAACGUCCCCUCUGAAAUCGUGCGAGUUCGAGGAAAAGCGUGAUUUCCCUAUCGAAGCUCCUCGCCGAAGAAGAAUAGCGAAAAGGACACGCAGGGUUGCCAUUUUCUGUGUCACGAUACAAUGUUUCUGAAACCGAAUUGCCCCGAAAGCAAUUAUUGCAACUGGAAGCGUAGCAAAUUGAUUUCUCGAUCGAGCGAAAAAUGGCGGGGUUGUUGCGGUUGCCUCGGUAUCGGGGCCACGGUUUGAGAGACACUGGUCUAGUUAACCUUUUCUAGUCUGCGAAAGAUAGUCUGUGUACCGUAGUGUAUAGUUAACAAACGAAAGUUAAGAAAGCCGUGUGAAUAAGUUAGGGGGUCAGCGGUGGGGAAAAAUAAAGCGUUGAAAAGACCGUAAUCUGGCGCUGGGGGAUGAAACGGGGGAGCUGUGCAACAUGCUGGUAGGCUGUUGCACCCCGCGCACCAUGCAUUUCUCAUCGCGUCCCUUACGUGACCCUGCCACGCAUAAAUAUUUAAAAGCCACAAAGAUACGGUGCACGCUUUUUUUUCCCCCAACCCUCUGCAACCCUCCUGCACGUUGAUUACACUCGGCGCGAGCUGUUUCGAUUAAUUUCAGCCGUGCCGGGAACCUAUCAUCAUUGAAUUGUCAUUAAGAACGAUGACUGUACGCGCGUCGACCGCUAUCGUUAAUAAUCUGAAGUAUUUAUUGACAAAGUAUUGUAAAUACGUAGCUGUUACGUUCGAAAUAUUUUUAAUAAAUGCGUGCAAUAAUAA